UCGAAUACACACACACACACACACCACCGAACGCUCGUAUGCUCACACACACACCACCAAACGCUCGUAUGCUCAUACACACACACACGCAACCGCACGCUCGUAUGACCAUAUACACACACACACACACACACACGUACGCUCGAUUGCGCACACACACGCGUGGGCGGUUGAUCGCUCGCACGCAUACACACACACAAACGCACACAUUCAUACACCCAUAAACUGACACAUACACACACACAAAUACACAUACGCACACUCACACACAUAAACAUAUACACUCACACACACACACACACACACACACACUCUGGAUUAAUCCUGCUGUAUGUCCCUGCGGAUGCUCGGUGGAGAUUAGAGGUGCCAGGAUUGAGUCAUCAGGCUCUUUUCUCUCUCUCCGUUUCAUCCCCUCUUCCUCCUCCUCCUCCUCCUCAGCCUGCCUCCUCUCUCUCUCUCCUCCUCGGCGUGCGGGAGGUGGAUGUCCCUGUGGAGGGUGUGACAGGGGGGUGGGGGGGUUUCAGACUUGAGACGGUCAGGGCAGCACAGCGAACGCGAGCACGCUAGCACGAUAGCACGUUAGCACGUUAGCACGAGAGUGCGCUUCCACCGGACGCCAUGAAGGCUCUCCUGCUGCUGGUGCUUCCCUGGCUCAGCCCCGCCAACUACACCGACAACCUGGGCAACCUGCACGUCCUCUACUCAGAGCUGUGUAAAGGUGCAUCGCACUAUGGGCUGUCAGCGGAUCGUAAGCGGCGCUCACAGGAAGGAGUUUGUACAGACAGCACCUCAGAGCUCACCAUCAGCACCCUGACCUCUGACCCCCCCGGCUCCACCCUCGCCCUGCUCUCCGAUGACCCCGGCCUCGUCAACCCCGCCUUCGACCCCAGUGCCGAGGACAACAGCCAAUCAGGGAGCAACACCAGCCUGGCUGCCCGCUGCAACACCAAGAAGAGGGACUUCCGGAGCUUUGACCGUGCGGGGGGGCGGAGUCGAUCGUUCCGGCGGUUUAACCGCGCGUUCAGCGUCCUGCGGAGGACCAAGAGUGGCACGGCCGUAGCCAAUCAGAGCACAGAGGAGCGCGACAGCCCCCGCAACACCAACACCCCCCCCGAAGGGCUGCCCCUCCCCCAGCUGCACCACCUGAUCCCGGACGGGGAGAUCACCAGCAUAAAGAUCACCCGUGCCAGCCUCACUGAGCCCCUGGCCAUCAGCGUCGUCGGGGGCAACGAGACCCCGCUGGUCCGCAUCCUCAUCCAGGACAUCUACAGGGAGGGAGUCAUCGCCCGUGACGGCCGACUGCUGCCCGGAGACAUGAUCCUGAAGGUGAACGGGAUUGACAUCAGUAAUGUGCCGCACCGUUACGCGGUGUCCAUGCUGAAGCGCCCGGGCGCUCUCCUGCGCCUCACCGUCCUGCGUGAGCAGAAGCACCGCUACCGCGCCAGCGCCUCGCCCCCGCCCCCGCCCCACGCCGAGGCCCCGCCCCCUCCGCUCCGCGACGACAGCCUGCACGUCCUAUUGGCCAAGAGCUGCCCGGGCGAGCAGCUGGGCAUCAAGCUGGUGCGCCGGCCCCAGGAGCACGGCGUCUUCAUCUUCCACCUGCUGGAGGGCGGCCUGGCCGCUCACGAUGGCCAGCUCCGCAUCAACGACCGCAUCAUGGCCAUCAACGGACACGACCUGCGCUACGGUGCGCCCGAACACGCCGCCCUGCUCAUACAGGCGAGUGAGGAGCGUGUGCACUUCAUCGUGUCGCGGCAGACACACCCGCAGUCCUCAGACAUCCUGCAGGAGGCGCCGUGGAGCCUGGAGGGACCGCCGCCCUACUCCCCCGAGGACCCAGAGCCCAGCCUGCUGGACUCGUGUCAGAAGCAGGGUGUCUAUGAGAAGACGGUGACUCUGCUGAAGGAGCCGCAGGACUCUCUGGGCAUGACGGUUGCUGGGGGCAUGGCCAGCCGCGGCUGGGACCUGCCCAUAUACGUCACCAACGUGGACCCAGAGGGAGUGGUGGGACAGGAGGGCUCCAUCCGCAAAGGGGAUAUCCUGCUCAGCGUUAAUGGGAUGGAGCUGACGGGCGUUACGCGGGGGGAGGCCGUGGCCAACCUGAAGAACAGCUCCUCCCCCGUGGUGCUGCGGGUGCUGGAGAUGCCCCCCCCCUCCGACCCCACCCCCCCCGACCCCCCAUCUGACCCCCUGUCCCCCCCUGCCGACGCCACCCACAGCCCCCCUCCCAGCGAUGACCACUCCCCCCUCUGGGUGUCAUGGUUACAGCUGCCCAGGCACCUGUACUGCUGCAAGGACAUCGUGCUGCGCAGGAGCACGUCGGGCAGCCUGGGCUUCAGCAUCGUUGGGGGUUACGAGGAGCUCAACUGCAACCAGUCCUUCUUCAUCCGGUCCAUCGUGGAGGGAACGCCGGCCUACAACGACGGCCGCAUACGUUGUGGGGACAUUCUGCUGGAAGUGAAUGGUAAGAGCACCUGGGGAAUGACUCACUCCAUGCUGGUGCGUCUGCUCAAGGAGCUGAGGGGGCGGAUCACUCUGACCGUCGUUUCCUGGCCAGGCAGCCUGCUAUAGGCUGGAACCCAUCCAGUCCUUGCCUGCUAUUGGCUGGGACCAGGCCAGGGGGCGGGCUCUCACACUCACACAUGGACAACUGAAACUUUGCCUGGAGUUCACAGACCACCAACCCCUACCCCUCUCCAAGGCCCCGCCCCUCUGGGAUUCAGUGGGGACAGACACUGGGGGGAGCUAAGGAGACACACAUUGCCAAUGAUGUCUGUUGUAUGUUCGUCUGUGCAUUUACUGACCUCCCCUCUGUCUGCUGUAAAUGUUGGUGUCUUUCUUCUACUGUUGGAAGGGCCUUUGGACAUAAUAUAUAUGUAAUAUUUUAAUGCUUUAUGUAAUAUUAUUUUUAUGCUUCAUGUAAUAUUAUUUUUAUGCUGUAUGAAUAUUGAUUUGUACUGACUCUUCUCCUUGUUUCUGUUGAACGCAGAUCUGUCACCAUGUUUCUAAUGCCACAGCGCAGUAUUCAAAUCACUUUGCAAGCAAAAAAAAACGAAAAAAAAAACACAAAAUAAACUGAAAAAAUAAUUAAAUAAAUAAAUAAAUAUAAGAAUAAAGUUGCGGAGACAUUGAGGCCUUACGGACACUCUGUGAUGAAACCUGACUUCCUGUAUUUGUGUCCUGAGCCUGUCUAAUGUGGUGGGCCUGUGUGAUCCGAUGUAGUCCGGUUUUGGCCGGUGUGACCGGUACCUUUGGUCAAAAGCUCAAUAAAGCUGUAAAUAUU